UACUUCUAUAUAUACAAUGUUAUCUUCUCGUUUAGUGUGAAUAGAAUGGAUUUGUUGUGUGUUGUUUUUCUGUUGUUUAGUGCAUGUGAAGCAAAGUUGCAGCUACCACAGGGUGUUGUUAUAAAGGCAGCUUUCGCUUUCGGAGAUUCAAUAGUAGAUCAGGGUAAUAACAACAAUUUAACAACACGAGCAAAGUGUAAUUUUCUGCCUUAUGGGAAAGAUUUCAUGGGUGGAAAACCAACUGGAAGGUUCAGUAAUGCCAAGACUCCACCAGAUAUGAUAGUGGAAGAACUAGGAAUAAAAGAGCUAAUGCCAGCUUAUUUUGAUCCAAAUUUGAAACUUGAAGAUUUAAAAACUGGAGUAAGCUUUGCUUCAGGAGCUUCUGGAUAUGACCUACUAACAGCUAUUACCGCAACAGCGAUACCAUUAUCAGCACAAUUACUUCUUUUUCAACAAUAUAAGUUGAAGCUAGAGGGAUUGAUCGGGGAAGAAGAAGCCAACUCUAUCAUAAAAAACAGUCUUUUUCUAAUAGUUACUGGCAGUGACGACCUUGCUAAUACAUAUUUCACUCUCAAAAUUCCACGGAAAUGGCAGUACGAUAUUGACUCAUAUACUAAUGUUAUGGUGAAUGGAGCUUCCAAUUUUGUCCAAGAUUUGUACAAUUUGGGAGCAAGAAGAAUUUGGGUAUUUGGGAUUCCACCAAUAGGUUGUUUGCCAUCACAAAGACAAAAAAGUGGAGGUCUAGCUAGAGUUUGCGUCGAGGAAUACAAUCAAGCCGCGCAAUUGGCCAACACCAAAUUGGCAGCUAAAAUUGAUUCAUUGUCCGAAAUUUUGCCACAAUCCGAGCUUGUUUUCAUCAAUAUAUAUGAUCCUCUACUUGAUCUCAUUGACAACCCCGACAAAUAUGGUUUUGAAGAAGUAAAGAGAUGUUGUUGCCGCCCAGGAAAUAACAAGUUCUUACUAUGCGAUAACCACACUGGAACAUGUGAAGAUGACACGAAAUAUUUGUUUUGGGAUGGUUAUCAUCUCACAGAGAAAGGUUAUAGGAUUUUAGUUGAUCAGAUUUUCAAAGAAUAAAUUAACACUUUAUUGUAAACGUGUAUUUCGAUCAACAUCUAGAUAUGUCAUUUCCAGUUAAUAAACAUUGGACUAGGUCGAAAA